CAUACUCCUUACACGGUUACGGACAUGUGGAGCGGUCGUCGGUGUUGAUUCUGGUCGGACUGUGCUAACGUGACAAGGUCGGCAGGAUGAAUGAGGAGAUUCGGCAGCUGUGUGAGAAGUUAGUACCAGGAUCAUAUGUCGGCCAAGGGGUGCAAGCCAGGCAGAUCCACGAGAGCAAGAUUCGCUACCUGUUGCAACAUAGGAAGUUGCCAGAGGAGGGAUGGAGUGACCAGACAAUUGAGCUGCUGCUACAGGAGCUCGCUGUCAUGGACAGCAACAACUUCAUGGGCAACUGUGGUGUUGGUGAGCGUGAAGCCAGGAUCGCAUCUGGUCUGGUUGCCAAGCGACAUUAUAGACUCGGUCAUGGCAUCGGACGUUCAGGAGACAUAUCCGCCAUACAACCAAAAGCUGCUGGUUCAAGUGUCCUGAUGAAACUGACCAAUAGCCUCGCCUUGGAUGUAAUCAGACUAUCAGGUAUUCAGUCAGCAGCUGGUUGUUUUGUUGUUCCCAUGGCAACAGGGAUGAGUUUGGUGUUGUGCAUGUCAACUCUCCGACUACGUCGUCCCCAGGCUAAGUAUGUCAUCUGGCCGCGGAUAGACCAGAAGUCAUGCUUCAAGUCCAUCAUCACAGCAGGUUUUCAGCCCCUCGUGAUAGAGAACCGACUUGUUGGUGACGAGCUACAGACGGAUGUGGCAGCAAUCCGGGACAAGAUGGCAGAGGUGGGGGCAGAGAACGUUCUGUGUGUCAUGUCCACAACGAGCUGCUUCACCCCGAGGGUGCCAGACAGUUUGGAAGAGAUUGGGAAGCUGUGCAAGGAGCAGGAUGUCCCCCAUGUUGUCAACAAUGCCUACGUACAGAGCUCCAAGUGCUGCCAUCUCAUCCAGCAGGCAGCCAGAGUGGGACGAGUUGAUGCCUUUGUGCAGAGCACGGACAAAAACUUCAUGGUGCCAGUAGGUGGCGCCAUCAUUGCCGGGUUUGACAAGAAAUUUGUUGAGGAGAUAAGCAAAACAUAUCCAGGUCGAGCGUCAGCCUCCCCAUCCCUGGACCUGCUGAUUACGCUGCUGUCGCUGGGUGUGGCAGGGUACAAACAGCUCCUGGGGGACAGGAAGCUGAUGUACACUUACCUGGCUGACUGUCUCAGACAGUGUGCUGAGAAGCAUGGUGAAAGACUCCUCAACACAAAACACAACCCGAUAUCAUUAGGGAUAAGCCUGUCUGCAAGCAGUGCCGCAGACAGUAAAACAGCCACAGAAAUCGGCUCCAUGCUGUUUACCAGAUUUGUCUCCGGAACCAGGGUUGUUGCCCCUGGGAAGAGCAACACAAUUGGUGGGUUCACCUUCAACAACUACGGUGCCCACCAUGACAACUACCCCUGCACCUACCUCACUGCAGCUGCCGCGAUCGGGAUGACCAAACAAGACGUGGACACAUUCAUAACAAGACUUGAUAAAGUUCUCUCUAAGUGUAAAACUAGUAUAGACAAUUCUAAAGAAAAUGGUCAUGUCGGAUCAGAUAGUUGAAAUAAGUUAUGGUUUUAGAAUAUAUACUGUUAUGUAUAUUGGGGAACAUUUAUUUGAAUCAUGAAGUUUGUUGAAAUGAUUUGUAUGAUUGUUAUUUACAGCAGAGGUUUGUCUGGCCAAGAGGUGAUUAUAACUGGCCAGUGUGAUAUUGAUGAAAGUGUACAUCGCUGAUGGCAUUGCUUGAUGAAGUUGUGAAAUACAACUUUAUUUGCCUGUAUAAUAUUAUUUUUUGCAAAACCUUGAAUUUUACGCAUUUUAAUUCAUGUACAAGAUUUACCUAUUUUUUUAAUAAUUUUCUGUUGUUGCUAUAGCAACCACCCCUGAAAUUUAUAUCUUUGACAAUAUUGGUCCAUUCAUCUAGUCAUGACCACAAAUUGUUAGGGUUGGGUUUUGCCAAAAUUUUCAUAUUGCGAUAUAUUGCGAUAUGUGUUGGCGUCUUGCGAUAUGUAUUGCAAUAUAUUGUAAAAGUGUAUAACAUGGUUUAAGGUAAUGAAAUUACUGUUUCCUUUCUUUUGAAACAAUGCCACUGGCAGGACUCAGAUGUGAUUUUACAAGCGAUCAAUUGAAAAUGUUUCCAAAUGGAAGACUUUGCUCUAUUUUGGGUUGUUUAUUAAUUGCCUGUAACAAUCUAUUUUUUUAUUUAUAUGAUUUAAAAGUCAUACAAAUGCAAUUACAGGACAAAUAAACAUUAUCACAAAUAUUAAUGUAUAAUAAUAUAAAGCAAAUACAAAUGUUAUUAGUUUUUUGUGACUACAACACGAAAAUUACCUAUCACGGUCACGGAAAUUGUCGAUCGUAUCGGGUGAACCGGUUUGCGAAAAGUGUACCGCAAUAUAUCGUAUUGUGAAGUUUGAAUUGCAAUAUACCGGUUAACCGGUAUUUUCGCCCAUCCCUACAAAUUGUUGCUCUGAAAUUUCCUGAUGUUCAUUUACACAAUCAGUAUACAAAAUACUAUCACCAUUUGAUAAAUGUACAUUAUUUGUCAAAGCUGUAAUUUAAAAACAACAAAAUGAAACUAUGAAAAGUGACAGAAUGUACUGGGCAUUGAGAUUACUGAACAGAUAUUAUUAAAAUAUGUAAGAAAUUUAUUUCUCACCAUUGCUUAGAAAUGAGUUAAUGCAUUUAUUAGUGGUAUGUCUGGUACACAAUCUUUAAACCCCUAAAUAAAUGAUUGUUAAAGAAGUUCCUCUUUUUUAAAUAAUCAUUUCUCAAAACUACCUACUUAUCCAAGUUAUGAAUGGAAUCGAUGUGAAGUUUGUAAUUACUUUCAUAAAAUGAGAUAAUAUAUUUAGUACAUGAUUAAUGCAUGGGCAUUAAUGGUUCAUCCUCUGUAUGAAAGAACCCAUGUCUUUUCUAACCAAUGUGCUACAAGCCAUUUUCUGAGCAUGUGUCAUUGAAAGAUGUAUUGGCCUUUGCAGGCUUUUACAUGACGCUUGAUUCCUGCGUAUUUGAUGCAACAAUUUUGUAAAUGACUCUCAAAAUAUUAUCAUACGAGUCAAGCUUGACGCAAGUUUUAUGAGUGACCCUCAGAAUUCAGUUCUAUAAAAUCGAUUUGAUCAGCAAACAAUGAUAGUUUUCGUGAGGUCUUCAUUAAUUUAGAUAUUUUUUUCAAUUCAUGUUAAUAACUGUAUGCUACAGUGAAUAAAACACAAGCCUGAUUAUUUGUUCA